CUCAGUUACAUAUUGAUUUAUUUUAUCUCAAUUUUUCUAUUGUGCUUGGAAGAAGAGAGGAGUAGGAAAAACAAAAGGUCUGAAGCAGAUAAUCCAGAGGAAGAAGAAAACCAUGUCCAAGAAAAUUGUGUUGAAGGUGGAGCUCAACUGUGAUAAAUGUAAGCAGAAGGCCAUGGAAACUGUUGCAGGGAUUGAAGGCGUUGACUCUGUGCAAGUUGAUAUGAAGGAGCAGAAAAUCACAGUUAUAGGAGAUGCAGAUCCAGUUAGCAUUACCAAAAAGCUCAGAAAGCUUGGGCGCUCGGAGAUAUUGAGCUUUGGGCCUUCUAAAGAACCUGAGAAAAAACCAGCCGAAAAGAAGGCUGAAGAGAAGAAGGAACCUGCCAAGAAAGAGGAUUCCUCAAAGCCUAACCCGGGGCCAAAUAUAACGUAUGUGUAUCUUCCAAGUUAUUGGGACUCUUGGCAUGGUGGGUAUUACUAUUACUAGAGCAAUGUCAAUUAUACCCCCUGCUUUAUUUAUUGAUCAUAAUUAAAGUAUUACAGCAAGAUCCCCACUGUAUUUGAUCGAGGAUUACCUUUAUUUCAUUUAGAGACUUGCAUCUCAGUGAAAUAAAGGAAUUGCAGAGAUAAGUAAUAAUGAUAAACUGAGAGCAAAUGUGUUAGUGUUACCAUGUAAUUCAGUCUCUGUUGCAACGUUUUUUAACAUAGAAGAACUGGACGGUAAAUUUCAGUAAUGUAUAGUGUUUUAGAAUUUGGGUUUACUGCCAAUUGGCUUACUGGACACCUACCUUUCUUCAUUUCAUGAAUGUUAAGGCUCUUUCAUCUAAAGGUAUGGUAUUGUCUAUAAUAAUAAAAUUUUAUGAUUAUGUGUAUUUGAA